UUUAUAUGCAUAUAUAGUGAAGUUUAAAUACAUAAUACGAAGUUUUAUAAUAGCUGUUUAUAUAUUUAACUCAAUAAGUAUAUAGUAAGUUCUUGAUCUUGUUUUUUUAAUUGUACAUGUAUAUCAUAAUAUACACGCUUCUUUCUCUGGUAUGCAUUGCAUUUUUUUGUUCAUUCACAAAAUCGCUUUUAAGUUAUUUCCCCGAAUAAGUUUGCAAAGUAUUGGCAAACGAUCUUUCACGAAAUCCGAUAAAUAAAUAUCACAAAUGAGAGAAGAAAUUUAUGUAAUCCGUUUCGAAAUCACAGCGUUGAAUCGUGCGUUUUAUUCGCAAAAUAAAUUCGCAAUAAAACGAAGAAAUACGAUCAGCGCCGCCGUCACAACGAACGGUUUAUUGCUGUUUUUCACAGCAUAUUUUAUUCACAUCGCAUUUGCAUAUGUAUUUCUACUUUUUAUUUCGUCUACAUUCUUUUACGUCAGUACGUCAUACUGUUCAAAAAUACUGUGGCAAAAAAUCUGUGAGAGAUAACGGAUGUAUACGAUGAUCUGUGAUUAAAAAUGCUUCUAAUUUGUAUUGGAUUUUCGCUCCAACUACGCUGUUGUAGUUCGAUCGAUUGUUUCGAUCGCACAUACGUGAGGAUCCAUGUUUGGCGGGAAAGGAUUCUCUCGUAGCAAAACUGCAAUGUGAUUACUCAUAGCUGUUUUGAUUGUGAUGUAUUGUGCCGCUUAUAUAUGGAAUUGAUAUCACUGUGUAUGCGGCAAUUAUUUUAAGAAUCAAAGAGAACAGGCCUGGGGUCCAAUAUAUAAGCUAUCAUUUAACACUCGAGGAGAUUUCAAAGUUUUUGUGCAGGCGAUGUUCAUGUAUGACACAACAAAAUUGGACAAGCGCUAACACGGAAACGUAAGCACAUUACGUGGGCGAGACUGAUCGAAUGUAUCUUGAAAAAUUAUCAGGGUCGUUUCGUCGUAGGCGAAAAAUUCGAGGUGGGGUUGAAGGUUACAGAUGGUGGGGCCGAUGGUUGUCCUCGUGUCUUCAUCAUCUCCGCGAUCGCAAACUGACCUGUUAGUUCCCUUCGCGCCAACACCGAGCACGAGGUUGCAAGUCAAAGGUAAAAAUUAAAGAAAUAAAAAAUGCAUUACUCGCGAGCUGCGAUUUUACUUCUGCCUCUUCUCGUGGUGGUCAACGGCAGUCGAUAUAUACAGUCACGAAUAAUUGCGUCUGGCGGCUGCGACAGCUACACAUGCGGAGUCAACGCGAGAUGUACCAUGAGCGAGGGACGACCCGUGUGUUCAUGUUUGAAUCUACACAUGGGAGAUCCCCUCGCACGAUGCGUGCGGGUCGAAUGUCUAAUCAACGACGACUGCCCGUACAGCAAAGUAUGCACGAAUAACAGGUGCGUCGAUCCUUGCGUGGGUCUGUGCGGUGCAAACGCGAACUGCGUGACCAGAAAUCACAUAGGUACCUGUGAAUGCCUGUCAGGAUACGUUGGCGAUCCGUUCUCGGGCUGUCACGUCGCCGAUCCUCAAGCCGCCUGCAAGCCAAGCCCGUGCGGAGAGAAUACUCAAUGCGAAGUGAUAAACGAAGUGCCGGUUUGUACUUGUUUGCCGGGUUACAAAGGCUCGCCCUUGGCUGGAUGUCGUCACGAGUGCGAGAGCGACAGCGAGUGUCCGCAGCAUCUCGCGUGCUCCGCCUCGUUCAGAUGCGAGAGUCCCUGCAAGUGCGGAGAGAACGCCGAGUGCCAGGUCGUCAGUCAUCAAGCGAAGUGCACUUGUCCAAAAACAUGGCUGGGAAAUCCGUAUAUCUCGUGCCGACCGGAAUGUGCCUCCCACUCUGAGUGCCCGGCGAGCAAACCCGCCUGUUUAUAUCAGAAAUGCGUGAAUCCCUGCGACGGCGUUUGCGGAGUAAACGCCGACUGCAAUCUACGAGGUAUCACACCCGUCUGCAGUUGCCCGAGACAUAUGACCGGCAAUCCUUUUGUUAGCUGCAGACCUUUCGAACCGCGUGAUCUCUGUGAGCCGAAUCCCUGUGGUGCGAACGCGAUCUGCACUCCGGGUCACGAUAAUACCGGAGCAGAAAGGCCAGUGUGCACGUGUCCCACCGGCUACAUUGGUAACGCUCUAGUAAGUUGCCAGCGGGGUGAGUGCCUCACCGACCGAGACUGUCCCGACAAUCGGGCGUGCAUCGACUUCACGUGCAGAAACCCAUGCACAGGUCACGAGUGCAGUCCCAGCGCCACAUGUACGGCUCGACGACACAUCGCGGUAUGCACGUGUCCGCAGGGAACCCGGGGUGACGCUCUGUACUCCUGCAAUUUGAUCGAAAGCAAAUCGGUAUAUAAUUACGGCCGCGCCUAUCGCUAUUACUAGUCAUAAAACGGAAUGACGAUCCACUUCCGCUAUCGAGAAAUACUCAACGUUUUAAUUCUACCUUAAUGUAAAAUUCUACCUUAAUGUGUAAUUUUAUCUUAAACACUUUAUAUAUUUUAAUUAAUACUCGCGUGAUUGUGUGUAGUUUUACAAAGAAUACAACGAAUAAAAGAAAGAAGAAAUUUACACGAGUUGUGUAACAAGCAGUCGUAACAGAGUAAUCUAUUUUUGUAAUAAUGUGCCGAUCUUUUUGAACUCGUGUCAUAGAUCUCACCCCAAGAGUGUUCUAUGUUUUAUAAGCUGCAAAAGUACAGUUAAAAAUAAAUAUUAAGUAAACGA